AAAUCAUCGAAUGACUGGUGCGCAUGCGUGGUUAAAUGAUAUGCUUCCGGUGUAAUGUCACCGUGAAAGAAGAGCAGAGGGACAUAAUGGGCACCCUGUGGAGAAUGGCCCAUAUGUUGGCCACCAAACUGGCCCCUCUCCCAGGACCUGCUGCUUGCCGGGUUUGUCGGCAUGCCAGUCGAGAUGCAUACGGUUGGAUGUCACAGAGGUAUCCUGAUUCUCAUCCAAAACAGAGACAACAGGAAGACAUGUUUGAAGAUGACCAUGAUAUGGAUGCAGUAGAAGCCAAAAUGAACUCUAUUAUUAGUGAAGAGAGGAGAAGGCGUAAAGCAGCAAAGUUUCACAUCAUCAAGAAGAAAAUGAACAAUCUUGGAGCCCCAGAGAGACGACUAAGCUGGGACGCUAUUCAGCAGAUAAGGUACUUAAAGCAGGAGUCCCCAGAAGAAUGGACACUAGAGAGAUUAGCAGAGGGUUUCUCUGUAAACCCUGAUGUCAUUUCCAGAGUCCUCCGCAGCAAAUUCACCCCAUCAGCAGUCCGAAAGCUAAAGCAGGACUCGAAAGUGUCAGCUAGUAGUGGGCCGCAGUUUCUCAGAGAUGGCAAAUCUGAGCAGGCCGUACUCCCCUCUGGAAACACAGGUGCCCUGACAGCUCUGAGUACAGGAGUGCUUGCAGUGAGGCAGACUGACACUGGACUCGUGCCCUCUAGUGGGAACAUACUACCCUCUCAGCUAUCAGCUGAACACAAAGUGACUCCUACUUUACACCAGCAGCCUGACUCUAAAGCUGAAGUGGACGUGAGCGAUGAUACAGAGUUAGAGGAGGAAUGGGAUGGAGUGAUCCUGACCGAGGAAGAACUAGAGCACAUCGCACAAACACUGAAGGAAAAGCCCAGUUCAGUGGAACAGAAGGGAAAGGAGUUUUUUGACACUGAAGGCAACUUCCUGUACAGAGUUUGAGCUAUGCGGCCAAAUCAUCCAUGUUUAUCAAAACACUUGUUACUCAAGUCCAAGCCUGUUCUUUUGUGAAUAUUACUUGUUACAAUUUGCUAAGCAGAAGCUGUCCUAACCUUUAAAUUUGAUUAUUUUUCCCUUUACAUUUGUUAGUUUUUCUGUUGUAUUUGCUUUUUUCGCUCUUACGUACAAACUAAAAAGCAGAAAUAAAGAAUACAACAUCA